ACAGAAUUCAAAAAAUCGUGAAAGCAUACCGAAAUUUUAUAUUCUGUUUUAUUUAUCUUCAUCCUUAUUAUUUCUGUUAGAACGAUGAGUUAAUAAAAAAUUGAUAUCAUUUCAUCAUUGUUGGUGGCACAGACGUACAGUGGCUGUAUAUACGUUUUGCAGCGUUCACCCUGUUAGUUGUUACCCUUGCCAUCGUGGCUUAGCGUGCUGUUUUGAAAAGGAAAAGGCCCGAAAAGCUUUCGAGUCUUGCGCUUGAAUCUGCAGUGGAUCACUGGAUUGCUCGAAUUGAGCGAAGUCGCUAAUCUCAUUCAUUUGACUUCGUUGACAUGAACGAUAACGAUUUACUGAUGAGCGAGACGUCCGAAGUGGAGGACGACGACGCUCCCGAGGAUGUGGGCUUCGCGGCCUCGCGUGUCACAGCACAACAGCAGCGACAGCAGGAACUGCAGGCCUCUAAACUGCACAAACAGGAACGCCACGCCAAGAAUGCCAAACAGCAGGCCUGGUUCCACGAUCAAAAGGUUAAAGCGCUGCUAAAACCAAAGAAAUCCUCUAAAAAUUCAUCAAAAUCAGCACCACAGCCAGACCAUCCUCCGCGUGAUGCGGAAAUUGAGUUUCCGGCAAAUGAAGAUACCGAUAUGGUUAUCGAGGAGAAACCUGAUGUAAAGAAGCCCCGCCGAAAGAAACCGAUGCCUUUGUCUGAAGACGAUGAGCCGUUUCCGGAUUUUAUUCCCUUGGAUAAAAAUGACGAAAAAUCAGCGUCUUCCAGGUCGAAUGUGCGGAUAAAAAGUAUUAAAAAUGCUGCAUCGUUACAACGACCGGAAGUGCUGGCCUUCGCCCGAUCACGCUUUACAGCCCGAAAUGUCCGACGUAUUCCCGCGUCCACGAUCGCCAGUAUUGCUGCGAAACGGCUGGCCACCCAACGUCGGUUAUGAAUUUUGCCUUUCUUGUUUUUCACUUGUUAGGGAGUGGUUCCUGUUGUGUAUGCCAGUGUGCGGCUGUGAAAUACAGCCAGAAAUAAAACGUGCGAUAAAAUAUAUCAUUAAAACAACAAAAAGUGGAGAAGCCUGGUUGAUCCAGAUAUAUGUAAUUUUAGAUCAACCACUCAGAAUUACAUAAAAUCUCACGUUCAGUCCUAAAAAUG